AUGGCAAGACGCGCCCUGGGAGCCGCGAGAGUCGCCGCUUGCGUGGCCGCAGUUGCCGGGCUAGCCCUCGAGCCCGUCACCAGCCUCAUUUUGCUGCACGAUGAGGCCGCAGCAGCAGCAGCAGCUGCUGCUGCUGCUGCUGAAGAAGCCCACAAAGACCAGCCCAGCAGGUGGAAACGCCGUUUCAGCACUGGUCAGUUUCCAGUGGUCCCCGGAGACGUGCUGGACUGGUCUCCUCCUUCUUCUCUUCAAGACAGCGGCUUUUUCUGGCUGAGUGUGUCUUCUCCGAUUGCUCCCCAGUCCGAUGAGGAUUUGAAGAAAAGAGAAACUUCUUUUUCUCUUCUUGAAAAGCAAUACGGCAUUUCUGUAGUUUCAAAAAUCAGCGAAGAAUUUAAAAGUGCUUAUUCAAAUCCUCUGCAAGUCCCGGAGUCUUCUUCUUCGGCCUUCAAGCAGCUGCAGCAGGGGGCGAAAGAAGGCGAAAUUGCUGUCACGGGCUACGGCGCAGACUCUGCAUGCACUUCUUGCGUUGUGGGGGAGUGGCAAGAAACGAGCUGCAGCAGCUGGUGCGAAGCGGGAUUUUCGGGUCGUUUUCGAGAAAUUGAGCAGCAUGCAAGUCUAGAUCAUUGCAAAGAUGGAAAAGAUUCUUUCUGCGAUAAGUGCCCCCAUUUGUGGGAAGUGGAAAGCUGCAAUCAGGGAGUCAAGUGCGGAAACGGCGUUCAGCUGGGCACGCACUCCUGCCCGGCUGCGGACAACAAAAUUCAACUCAAAACAAACAGCUGGAGAGAUUGCCAAAAAGAAUGUGUUAAUAAAUUCAAAGCCAGUGGAGGCGCUGCGUAG